AUUCACCAAACAAUGCAUCAUCAGAAGGUAUAGAUAUCGUACAGGCGUGCAUAGUGCAUCCACCAAAACUUAUGUCUUAUGGGCGGGAACUAUAUAAGUCUAUAAAUAGCACCUCUCACUCAUUUUGCCGCCUAUUAUAGUCUCACUCUCCAUUCUCCCUUUUCAAACUCUCCCAUGGCCGCCCAUCAGGAUAUGGACACGUCGAACCCAGCAGUUUUUGUCAAUGCCGAGCUUCUGCGCCUGUAUGUUGGAAGAAAGGUUCGGGCACUGGUUCAGGUUAUCCGAUCUGAGAAUGGAGCUGUGAUUGGGAAAUCAACAGAUGAUAAUCAGAUUGUUGUGAAGGGAUCUCCACCGGGCUCCCUCACAAAUUUUGUUGAGGUCAUUGGUAUUGCUGAUGGUGAUAAAUCCAUUCGGGCUGAAGUCUGGAACAACUUUGGUGAUGCAAUUGACACACAUAAUUACAAUCAGGUUUGUCAGCUUGCAAAUGGAGAAUUCAAACACUUGUUCAUCUGAAGCUCAUCAAGUUCAGAUAGUGAUCAAACUUGAAAGUGCUCUAGUGGGACUGUAAGCAGAGAAGGUGAAUAGAGUCAAGUCUUGUAGUUUUUAUAUGUAGCCUCUGUCUUCUACAUGAACUAAUAGUAUGUCGAGGGAGAGGUUACAUUUUUGUUUGUACAACUCAUGAAUGAUGAUUUCACAUAUAUAUAAUUCUCUAGUUUGUACUGAUUUCGACCUGGAUUUUUCUUUCAAAAUGCUACUGAAUGUAUGAAAAUAGAAUUAAUCAGAGUUCAUAACAUAAAAUUGUUUACCCUUUUGAA